GACUGCAGGGUGCAUGAUAUUAGUGUCAGGGUAGAGCUGCAGAGUGGGUUGAGGUCUACUUGCGUCGGUGUGUGUGUGUGCAGGAGGGUGUUGAAGCAGUUUGCAGACUGCCUCUAGAAACAGCCCCUAGCGUCAGACAUCAGUAUUAGCCUGGCUGAUUACUCUUAACUAUCGGAUCAGCAUCUUGAACGGUGCAGUGUUGGCGAGCCCGAAACGCGGUCAGGCGUAUGGACAGGCGGUGGUAGCUCCGAUCGGGAUCCCUCUUCGUUUACAUCCCUACAACUAAAUAAAAAAGAAAGAGGGGGCUGCUGCACAGGCGAGACUGUUUCGGCACGUAGCUGGCCUCUGUAUCUGCGUUCCGGUGCCUCCAACUACGAGGGCCUCUUCAGUUUACAGGGGGAAAAGUGGGUGUUUGCUGCUUCACUGGUGUUUCGGCAGCGGCAGCGGCGGCGGUGUCCUCGAUGGCAGGCUGGAAGGACGGCUCGGUGCAGGAGAAGUAUCGCCUGGUUGUGGUCGGAGGAGGUGGCGUCGGGAAAUCAGCCCUGACUAUCCAGUUUAUUCAGUCGUACUUUGUCACUGACUAUGACCCGACAAUUGAAGACUCUUAUACCAAGCAGUGUGUGAUCGACGAAAGGCCGGCCAGGCUCGACAUCCUCGACACGGCUGGACAGGAAGAGUUUGGAGCCAUGAGAGAACAAUACAUGAGGACAGGGGAGGGCUUCCUGCUCGUCUUCUCAGUCACCGACAGAGGAAGCUUUGAAGAAAUCUACAAAUUCCAAAGACAGAUUCUCCGAGUCAAAGACAGAGACGAAUUCCCGAUGAUCCUUGUAGGAAACAAAGCAGAUCUGGAACUACAGAGACAAGUAACCCAGGAAGAGGGCCAGCAGCUGGCCAGACAAUUAAAGGUCACAUACAUGGAGGCUUCAGCUAAAAUACGAAUGAACGUAGACCAGGCUUUCCACGAGCUGGUUAGAGUAAUCAGGAAAUUCCAAGAACAGGAAUGUCCACCGUCGCCAGAACCUACAAGGAAAGAAAAAGACAAGACCGGCUGCCACUGUGUGAUCGUCUGAGUUGGCCUUAUCACUGUAACUCAUGCAGCUACUCUACCACCCCACCCACUCUGCCUGACAUCACAUCCUAAGUGGAUGACUGACCGCUGCCUUCUCCACGUGCAUGACUUCAGACAGCCUUUUCUGAGAUACUUUGACCAGGAACUGCUGUCCCCAGGACAUCGCUAUGGACAACUGACAAUGCCAAAUUUUAACACCACUCUACCUUCAGCAGUAAUCUUAAUUCACACGAGAGUCCCAACACUAAACAUUGCCUUCUUAAUCAGCCUGACAAAUUAAUGUUUCGUACUCUGAAGGACUUCUCUUGCCUUGUAGUGACAUUUGUACUUGCUACCGAGAUUGAAUGAAAACUAUGUAUCCAGAAUGUUAAUGACUUUCUUUAGUUUCCAGUGUCUGACCAGAGCAGAGAGAUUAUCUUAUGAAGCUUUGUGUAUGUUGUGCCAUAUCCACCUUUACUCCCAUGUGCUAAUCUGCUACUGUACAUACGUGACAUUUGUUGUGAUUUUGUAUUUCUAAUGACCUAUUAAAUCACCACAGUACAGUGUGUGAGAUUGAGUUUGGUUUUACAUAUAUGAACUGAAUAUAUAAGUAUGUAUAUAAAUAUAAUGAUAGCCUUUAAAGCUAUUAUGAGGUUAGAGGUUUCUGGCGUUUUGCAGUGAAUUCUUGAUCUUUUUUGUGGUUUCUGCUUUCAUUUUAGUCAAAAAUGAAGUGUCUACUGUAUUUUUUUUUAAAAGUCUUACAGAUCGAAGGGUUGUUAAAAAUCCUACACACUUGUCAAAAAGUAGCAAAUCUGUCUGAAUUUCUUUCCUCGAAGGUGGCGGUUAGGUCAGCAUUGGACAUACUACAUAUUUUUUUCACAUUUCUAAGAAGCAGUAGAAAUAAAAUAACUGGUAGCGCUUUGUGUAGCCUUGAAAACUAACCCGAUUUCAGCUCAAAACACUGAAAACUGUACGUUCUAUACUCAGCCUUUGACGAGCAAUGCUAGCAAAUCCCUUUGUUGCAAAUCAAGAAGCUUUCAGAGCUCCGUUCAGUCUAGAUCAUUCCAGUGCAACGCAUCUUUUCUGUCAAACAUUUAGUCUGUGAUGUAGAUCAGAUAACUGUUUCACCAUUCCAGUAACACAGCGGCAAUGCGUUUCUUCCCUUUGUCUUUGAAUUAUUCUGUAACACGGCUUCCCCCCCCUCCCGAUGGUCUGCCAGUUGGAAAAUUAGGACAAAUGGAAGCUUUGAGAUGCACAUCGUAAGACAACCCAUCUCCAGUGGGACAUGAACUCAACGGACCUGCCACCUGUGGAGCUGCCAUCGCCACAUACCCAGUAUAACGUUCUGCCUUCCCCUCCCACUUGUGUACUUCUGUUCAGGCAUUCAAACAAAGUACUGCAGUUUGUUUUUCACGUCAUCAUCUUGUAAUAUAAACCACAAAAAUUAGACGAUUGAAGUAACGGACUUGAUUAAAUGUUUCUACUCUACUUUUAUACAUUAUUUUCUUAUCAGACUAGUUGACAAGUAUUUUUAUAUGUUUAUAAGUGAAUACAUGUUCACAGCACAGCUGUGUAUAUAUGUAAAGAAGAAUAUUUAAUUCUCUCGAUUAUUUUAAACUGAAGAUGACUGUUGGUCCCAAAAUUGCAAAAUUGGAUUUGUCACAAACUUGUGACCAGUAAGCUUUUUUCUUUGCUUUUUUUUUUCUUUUUCUUUUUUUAACAAAAAAACAAUCUUAUGUGGCUUAGUUAUGGAGAGUAUAUUUAUUAUGAGGUGUUCAUCACCAGCACAGAGUGUAAUAAUGCCAGUUCAAGUGGAGGAGAGUUUGAGAAACUUUACAGAGGAGCUUUAAAUUAUACAAAUGAUUAUAUUAAUGCUGAAAUCUCCCAUCUUAUUGCAAAACCUAGUGUGAACCCCAAUCAUACUGUUUGUUUUUUCUCUUCAACAUCAGUGUCCUUUGCCCUGUGUCUAGCUUUUGGUGCUAAAAUAAAGUCUGUCAUUGAGCCUGAA